CUGACAAUAUGAUGUUGAUAUUUUUAGACAAUUUCUAUGGAUGUAAGUUUAGUUAGAGUUAUGUUCAAACAAAAUUGAAAUUUGUAUAAAAACUUCAAGUAUUCUUGCGGAAUAGCAUCACAAUUACUUCAGUUGUUAUCCAAAACACAUUAAACCUAAAAAUGAAAUUCUUCCUUGUUGCCUUGGCUUUGGUUGCCGCCGUCAUAGCUGAUGUCUCCGAGUUGUCGGGCGGUUAUGAUUAUCAUGCUCCAGCUCCUUCGGCUCCAGUCAAUACCUACAUCCCUCCAGCAGCUUCUGAGCCAGUCAAUACUUAUAUCCCACCAGUGGCUGCCUCGGAACCUGUCAACACUUAUGUACCUCCCGCAGCUGCUUCGGAACCCGUCAACACCUAUAUUCCCCCCGUAGCUGCCUCUGAACCCGUUAAUACUUAUAUCCCACCCGCAGCUGCAUCGGCUCCUGAACCAACUGUUGAAUUGGCUCAAGACGGCUACCGUUACAAGACUCACCGUCAUCGUGUCUAUCGUAAACGUUUCUAAGUGAAAAUGAGAUAUGUUUGUUGUUUUUGUUUUUUUGAAUAAAUGUUAGUGUGUAUGUA